CUCCCUGCUACAGAGUAUACCUUACGAACUUCUAGCGUUGAUGGUCCGAUUUGCGACUUCCCGCCGCAUACUCACCACCACCUCUCCCACCGCCGCCACGCCGAUAUCUUGAUAUCUUAUUAUUCCUUCACCUGAUUGUCGCCGAUCUGCGCCCUCGCCGCCAUCCCACACACGUCUCGCUGUCGUUCUGACCGGUGGGGUCGGUUUUGCGUUGCAAGAGUAGGAAGGCCGAGUCACAGCCAGUGUUCAUGUGAGGGUGCAAGUCGGGGCCAAGCUGAAGCUGAAGGCACCCUGUAAUACUACAUUGUUCGCGGGCUCCCACUUGGACCGCCUGCGGCAUGGCGGGAACUCCGACACAUCCAGUAUUGAACUGGCAAGGCAUUGCCAGCAUUCGCACGCCUAGCAUGAACUCAUCACGCAUACAUAGCGCCAGCAGCACUAGCUUGACGCGACAUCACUCCAAGCCAUGGCUGGAGAUCUUGCCAGACGUGCGAUUUGUGGUCUUCCAUGGUAACGAGCACGAGGCCCAGACGGUCAAGCUGCAGGGCUUCGUGCGCCUUCAUUCUCCCGAGCCUAUGAGCAUUUUGAAGCCCAAGGUGCGCCUGGAAGGCAAGCGGAAGAUCAGCUGGUGGUACAUGGGUGGCAUUUCAGCCGGCGAGGUCGUCGACAAGCGCGUGUUUUGGAUUCAGGAGCAGAAGCUGGGCAUCGAAAGCGCGCACAAGGUCAAGGCGGGCACCAUCGACUGGCCGUUCGAGUUCGAGCUGUCGCCAACGAUGCCGGAGAGCGUUGAGGGCCUGCGCGAAACCUAUAUCGCCUACCAUGUACAUGCCAGCGUGUCGCGGCCAGGAUGGAACGCCAAGGACAUCACGACACAAGAGCACAUUCGCAUCGUGCGGACGCUUGGUCAGGACUCCAUGGAGAUGACUCGGUCGCGGGUCAAUGCAGACAUAUGGGCGAACAAGAUCUCAUACAGUAUCUCCAUCCCGACUGACGCCAUCGUGUUCGGCACUUCCAUCACUGCUGAUGUCGAGCUCUCUCCGAUCAAGAAAGGCUUGAGAUUGGGCAAGAUUGAGCUACGAUUGAUGGAGACGGUCGUCAAACGCAUCCAGGCCACGGAGGUGCCCGAUAUUCGUGGUGACCGAUCAAAGACAGAAGAAACGGAAGUGGCCAAGGCAGACAUGGAGUUCCCCGAGGACUCCAGGAUCGUGUAUGAUGAUGAGACGCUCGAAAAUCCUACUCUGGCUGAUGAGAUGUACAAAUUCAAGGCCACCCUGCCUCUGCCCAAGUCAUUGAAUAUCUGUAGGCAGGACGUGGACUCCCACAGCAUCAACAUCACACACCGUUUCAAGCUGAUGGUCAACAUACAUAACCCAGAAGGUCAUGUUUCGCAGCUGGUGUGCCGUUUACCAGUAAAACUGUUCAUUUCGCCCAAUUUGCCGGUGGACGAGAGCAACGAGGUCACAGUCAAUACCACUGGCGUUUCGGACGCCGAACUCAACUCUUCAGAAACCGCGGUCGUGGCUCCACCGGAAUACGGGAGACAUCAACUGGACCAGAUGUACAGCGAUAUCGAUUCCAGUGGAUUCAUGAGUAGAGCCGGAAGUGGCCCAGGGACGCCAAACGGGUUCUCCGCCCAAAGUCGGAGAGGGUCACACGAAAACAUACUCUCUCUCAAUGGUCUGGCAGACGGUGAUUUGGCGUCAUUACAUGGCAGCGCAAUGCCUCACCUGCUCCACUCUCGGCUAGCAGACCUGCAGGAAGAUGGCCAUACGAACGGUUACGCUGCGCAAGGCAGUUCUCGCCAUCACAGUCCUUCCGGUGGGAAUUCACCCGCGCCUGGUGUUGCCAGGUCGAGAGAUCACUCUCCGGAGCGUGCUCACCGAUCGACACCACCAGUACGGAACGGAUCGUACUUUCCACACGGGGAUACUUCCGCUCACUCGAGUGCGCCCAUGUCGGCACGUACAUCCAGCGAGGAGCACACAUCGGGGACUGACAUCCACGCCCAAGAUUACAAUCUCAACGACUUGUCACGUGUUCCGUCAUAUGGUGCUGCGCUGAGGACGCCUGGGGCCGUGACGCCUUUUACGGAGGGACCUCCAUCGUACCUCGAAGCGACCAGUCGACCGCCGAGCCCCAUCCAGAGACCGAUAGCAUUACACAUGCGAAGUGGAACGAGUACACCCAGUACACAAGGCUCCAAUCAUACUUUGACCACACCCUUUGCGGCCUUGAACUUGGGCACAAUGAACGGAGCAGUGACACCACAACGUCACUAGUGUGAGCUAGGAGAGGAAAGGAGCGAGAAAGGCCCAUCGCACUCGCUUGAAAGUGCGAUGAUACCUAUACACAUGUACGAUGAACGAGUUGGGACCCAUGGCGCUCUUGGAUUUACUAUUUUUCCCACUCGCAACUCUGCCCGGCGCACUGGAAACAUUUCUAUUUCUUUUGGAAAGCGACAUGGAAGGCGCGCGUGAUUGGAGGGCACGAAUGGUAUGGUCGAUCAUGCGCAACGGGACAGGAUUUGAAGCAUGAUGAUUUGAAUUUGGCGCACAUCCGUUUUUACAGAUUUAGAAAAUAGAUGGUCACGAGUACGACCCGAUCGUGAUACGAGAGAAACCAAAGACUUGAC